AUGAAUGGUCUUGCAAUUGCUGAUAAUCAUGAUGUUAAUGAAAAUGACAAUCAUCCGCAUGUUUUCGAAGAAAGGCUAAAAGCUAAAGGAAAUAGGAGGUCUCUAACACUUUUACCUAUAAUAAUUGGUGCACAUGCUUUACAUCGACAUGCGAAGGCCUCUAGUGGUGCUGGUAAAGAUUGGCAUAGUGGUGGAGGAGAAAAAGCAGGAGUAGGAGGUGGAUUUCAGAGUGGCGGUGGUGGUGGUAUGGCUGCUGGGGGUGGUUUUAAUUUUGGGUUUAGAGGUGGAAUAAGAGCAGGAUUUGGGGGAAACAGGGGUGGAAGUGGUGGCACGAAUGUUGGUGGAGGGGCAGGAGGCCAUGUCGAAGGUGUUGGUAGUGAUGCAACUAGUACAAGUGGUAGUCUUGGUGGAGCAAGGAGUAGUGAUGGAAAAGCUAGUGAUACUAGUAAGAGUGAGGCUAAAGCUGGUUUUGAAGGUAAAAUAGGUGCAAACACAGGAGUAGGGGGCGGAUUUCAGGGUAAUGAAAACAUUGCUGGCGUAAGAGGAGGAGGAGAAGGAGGAGGAAAAGGAAGAGGAGAAGAAGGUGGUGGUGGUGGUGGCGGUGAUGGUAGAGGUGGUGGAGGAGCAAGUGCAAGUGGCGGUGGUGGUAUGGCUGCUAAAGGUAUAGUAGGAGGACAAGGAGAGGUUGGUGGAAAUAGUGGUGGAAGUGGUAGCACUAGUGUUGCUGGUAAGGUAGGAGGGCAAGGUGGAGGUGUUGGCAGUGGUAGUAUUGACACAAGUGGUACUCAUAGCAGUGAAAAAGAUAAUGAUGGAAAAACUAGUGCUACUAGUAAGGAUGAAGUUAAAGUAGGAGGGCAAGGAGGUGGUGGUAGCGGUGGUGUAGCUGGUGGGGGUGGUUUUAAGUUUGGGUUUAGAGGCGGAAUGAGAGCAGGCUUUGGUGGAAAUAGUGGUGGAAGUGGUGGCACUAAUGUUGGUGGAGGGGCUGCAAGCCAUGCCGAAGGUGUUGGUAGUGGUGCAACUAGUACAAGUGGUAGUAUUAGCGGAGCAAAGAGUAGUGAUGACAAAGCUAGUGAUACUAGUAAGAGUGAGGCCAAAACAGGUUUUGAAGGUAAAGUAGGAGGACAAGGAGAGGUGGGUGGAAAGAGUGGUGGAAGUGGUAGCACUAGUGUUGCUGGCAAGGUAGGAGGGCAAGGUAAAGGUGUUGGCAGUGGUAGUACUGAUGCAAGUGGUACUCGUAACAGUGAAAAAGGUAGUGAUGAAGAAGCUAGUGCUACUAGUAAGGGUGAAGCUAAAGAUGGGUCUAAAGGUAACAUAGAAGGACAAGGAGGUGCAGGUGGUGGUGGUGGUAUAGUUGGUGGGAGUGGUGGAAGUGGUAGCACUAGUGUUACUAGUGGAGGUGAUGGAAGUGGUAUUACUGAUGCAAGUAGAAGAUUUAGUCAUAGUGGCAAAUUUAGUGCGUCUCAAAAUAAUGAAAAUAAAUCAUCUCAUCAGAGUGAACACAAAGCUACUUUUGAAGGAAAUUUUGGAGGAAAAGGAAAGGUCGAUGGAAAUAGUGGUGGAAGUGGCAACUCUAGUGCUUUUGUAACAUUCCGAAAUAGGGCCUAA